UCUCUAACAGAAAAAUACGGUAAAACAGAAGAUGUUCUUGGACGAGGAGCCUAUGCCAUAGUCAAACUAUGUUGUCCAAUAAAUUCCAAGGAAAAGUAUGCAGUCAAGGAAUUUCGUAAACGACACAAGGACGAGUCCCAAAAAGAGUAUGUCAAGAAACUUGUGGCAGAAUUUUGCAUCAGUUCAUCGUUGGAGCAUGAGAAUGUAGUCAAAACAGUGGACUUGAUUCAAGAUUCGAAGAAGCAAUGGUGUGUAGUGAUGGAGUACUGCGCGGGAGGAGAUUUAUUUGGACGAAUACAGAACGGCACACUCAAAAGCUAUGCGGAGAUGAACUGUUUCUUUAUGCAGUUGGUUCGUGGUGUGCAUUUUUUGCAUUCGGUGGGUGUAUCGCAUCGGGAUUUGAAGCCAGAGAAUCUGCUGCUAGACGGAACCGGACGAAUCCUCAAGAUCACUGAUUUUGGAGUGUCGCAGGUGUUUCGAGAUCCUUUUGGAACAGUAUGCAAGAAAACACGAGGGAUUGCAGGAUCAGGACCAUACAUUGCGCCAGAGGAGUUUGUAAAUAUAGAGUAUGACUCUGAGCCAGUGGAUGUGUGGGCGAUUGGAGUGAUUUUCUUUGUCAUGUUGAGCAAUUCUAUACUGUGGAAGACUGCCAUCAUAACGGAUUCCCGAUACAAGACAUUUUUAGAUAGCAUUACUCGAUUUGCACCAUUUGAGAAACUGCAGCCCGGACCCAAGGAAAUGCUGUAUAAACUACUACAGCCCGAUCCUAAGCUACGGAUCAAACUUCCUGACAUUCUUGUCGAUGACUGGUGUAAGUCGAUCGGAGUGUGU